AUGAGAGAAGAGAAAGUGCUCAGAUGUGGCAAACCAUCUGACAGAAACUUUGAUAAAACUGGAGUUACCGAGGACAGGGUGAUUGAGAAAGAGAAGAGGAAGAAGAAGAAGAAGAAGAAGAAGAAGAAGAAGAAGAAGAAGAAGAAGAAGGAGAAGAAGAAGAAGAAGGAGAGAGAGGGUCGGAGGUGGGUGGACGUGUAG